AUGUCAUAUCUUUAUCGUACUGUAUUGCUAUUAUGCAUUACUACAGUAUAUUCACAAAGGCAGCGACCGUUUUUUGCAAAUAAAGAGCAACAAGGCGGGCAGAUCGAUGGGAUACGAAUUGCUUCCUAUGAUGGGCCACCAAAGGGAAAUGAAGUGACUGACGUUGAUGCUCAAAAUAUUUUGGAUCCAAUUAUGUCGCCAUUUAUCCAGAUGUACGAUGUGAUGCAACAGAAUGCAAAAGCAAAGGCUUAUGCUGAGAAGAUUCAACAAGAAAGAGAUGCUUCUCCAUUUUCUAACUCAAAGGGACUUUUUGACCUUAUUGAAAAGUUGCAAAGACCCACAACUACGACAACUCCAGCCCCAUCUUUAAUGGAACAACUUUUGCAGCCAUAUUGGGAGCCCUGGCAGCGACAGUUGGACACGAUUUCUAAGGAAAUGGCCGGCAUUACUUUAAUUCCGACAACCACUACCACGGCCGCUCCAACCACUACUGCCCCAAAAUCUUUACUUGAAAGGUCCCUUGGCAUGUUCCUCCCCGGUUUCACAGCCGGCACCAUCCCCCCACAACGCCCCGCCGAAACCCCCGAUAUCCGCCGCUCGCCCCCAAAACUAUUCGACCCCGAGAUGCCUUCAAGCUGCAACCUGUUCCUGAUUUUC